UUUUGAUAAAUGCUAUUUAUUAUCUACCAUUUCAAUAAGUUCCGUGCAGAAAAUUGUUGAACUGGGUCCAAAAACUUGACACUUUAAACAAUUCUUUAUCUUUUCCAUUGAACCAACUUUCUCGACGAUUGAUUUACACAUUAUCUAACAAAACCUUUGUAAUUGCUGUCGAUCGUUUUCGCAAUCAAUUUAAAAAUUUGUAGAUAGGAGCAUGCUGGUUAAAACCAUGGCCAAAUAUGAACUUGCAGGUGGCUUGAUUGUAACAGAACGUGUUUCUCCCAAUAUCCGGAUGUACUAUGUCGCCAAGCACCAUGUUGGGAGUCUGCUUUGGUCCUCUGACAGCGAUUUUCACAAAGGAAACAAAAAGGACAAAUCUGCCAUGUUUGUAUAUGAUGUUAUAAGGGAAGCUGAUCUGGCAGCGCCAUGUCAGAAACCUUGGUUUAGUGGAUACUCCCCGGCGCAUUCAUCGGAGUGGGGAGACAGGAAGUCCCAAAUCAUUCAUGCGUGUCGGAACUUCCACACCGUAUCCAUUCCAAUGCGAGGCGAUAUUGUGGCGUUCCCCAACAAUAAUGGCCAAACACACUGUGGCAUUGUAUCUACGGGCGGGUGUUUCAUAGGAACUUCAGACAAAAGAAUUGUGGAGACUAAAAUACCUUCCUUUACAAAGAGGGUGUUCUGGCGGUAUAUCGGCAACGUACCCAGUACCAGCAGAUUAUUUGAAAAAUUCAAAUGAGAUGGUGGAUGUAGUCUUGUCUCCAUUGUAACUGUGUGUGAACUACUUCAACCUCUUCAUUUCAUCCAAUAGAGCGUUAUGUUAUAAGAGAGGAAAACUUUUGAGAUGUUUGUGGUAUUGUUGGUAUAUUGUGGAAAUAUAAAUAACUAAAAUCUGCUGUAGG